GAAAAACCACAAAGGGCAAGCGUCGUAAUGUCAAAUCAGAGGCUGAAGUGGAUGAUAAGCAAAUAUCAGCAGAGAUGAAGCCAAAAUUCAAGGCCUGGGAACAUGAGAUUAUUAUUCGGGAUCAGUCGUCUGCAAACUUACCAAGAAUUCAAGCUACGCGAUAUGAUAUAGAAUUGCCAGUGGUUAACCAUGUAUCCGCAGAGACCAAUUUUAGCUUAUUGACCGAAAUACCCGAAUUACUCGCAAAGGCUUACGAAAUUAUUGAAGAGAAAUUGAAAGAAGUUUCUAAAUAUGUCAGCAAAUGGCUUCAAUUUCAGUCUCUCUGGGAUCUUGGAGAUACGACGUAUACAAACGUCUUGGCGACGAUCUUAGUGAAUGGCAAACGAUUGUCGUCCA